AUGUCCAUAGACCAAACCCAGCUCAGCAAGACUUCCUUCAAGUUUUUCGGACUUGGUGGUAGUAACGAGGUUGGUAGGUCCUGCCAUAUUCUUCAAUAUAAAGGCAAGACUGUCAUGCUCGAUGCGGGAAUUCAUCCGGCUCACCAGGGAUUAGCGUCUUUACCCUUUUAUGACGAAUUUGAUCUCUCGACGGUUGACGUUUUAUUGAUUUCGCAUUUCCAUUUGGAUCACGCAGCAUCCCUGCCAUACGUUAUGCAGCGGACCAACUUCCGAGGUCGAGUGUUUAUGACUCAUCCUACUAAAGCUAUUUAUCGCUGGCUGCUGAGUGACUUCGUGAAGGUGACAAGCAUUGGGUCUAAUGGUUACAAUGAUAAGGAUGAAAAUCUUUACACUGACGAAGACUUAGCAGAGUCUUUCGAUAGGAUUGAAACCAUCGAUUUCCACUCCACAAUCGAUGUCAAUGGUAUCAAGUUUACCGCUUUUCAUGCCGGCCAUGUCUUAGGAGCUGCAAUGUUUCAAGUUGAAAUAGCAGGUCUCAAGACUUUAUUCACUGGUGACUACUCUAGAGAAACUGACAGACAUUUGAAUUCAGCAGAAGUUCCUCCAUCGUCGUCUGAUAUUUUGAUUGUCGAAUCGACUUUCGGUACAGCUACACAUGAGCCAAGAAUUAAUAGAGAGAAGAAGCUCACACAACUGAUACAUUCUACAGUGCUACGUGGUGGACGAGUCCUGUUACCUGUUUUCGCUUUAGGUAGGGCUCAAGAAAUUAUGUUGAUCCUCGAUGAGUUUUGGUCACAACAUCACGAUGAGCUGGGAAAUGGGCAAGUUCCUAUAUUCUAUGCUUCAAAUUUGGCUCGAAAAUGUAUGAGUGUAUUUCAAACCUAUGUGAAUAUGAUGAACGAUGACAUACGGAAAAAGUUUCGUGAUUCUCAAUCCAACCCUUUCAUUUUCAAGAAUAUAUCCUAUCUUAAGAAUCUUGAUGAAUUUCAAGAUUUUGGUCCAAGUGUGAUGCUAGCUUCACCGGGCAUGUUACAAAACGGACUUUCGAGGGACCUGCUGGAGAAAUGGUGUCCUGACGAAAAAAACCUUGUUCUAAUUACAGGUUAUUCGGUAGAGGGGACAAUGGCAAAAUACAUAAUUUUGGAGCCUGAUACACUACCGUCUAUCAAUAAUCCUGAAGCGAACAUACCCCGGCGCUGCCAAAUAGAAGAGGUCUCUUUUGCUGCCCACGUAGACUUUAGGGAGAACUUAGACUUUAUUGAGAAAAUUGGAGCGAAGAAUGUUAUCUUAGUUCACGGGGAAUCUAAUCCAAUGGGCCGUCUAAAGUCUGCACUGCUAUCGAAUUUUGCGUCGCUCAAAGGAACUGAAGACGAAGUACACGUUUUCAAUCCUCGAAAUUGUGUAGUCGUUGAGCUUGAGUUCAAGGGAAUCAAGGUAGCAAAGGCCAUGGGGAACAUUGUUGAUGAAGUAACAACGGCGCUAGGAAUUCAAAAAGAGGCACCAGAAAACGCACUACCGGCGAUUGAAGAAGUAUUGAAACCAGAUCAUGAUAAUGUGAGAGGAGUCGACGAAACCGUUGUUUCAGGAAUCUUGGUGUCGGACGAAAAGAACUUUGAUUUAAAUUUGGUAUCGCUUUCAGAUCUCAGGGAUUAUCAUAUGGACCUAUCAACAACCGUACUGAGGGAACGACAAACCGUUUACAUCGAUUGCAAGAAGGAACUGAUCUAUUGGCACUUAUGCCAGAUGUUUGGUGACAUGGAAGUGAUCAUCGAUGAAGAGGGCAUUACGCAUAGCAAGGAGGCGCCUUCAAAGGCUAAUAGCACCUCCGGCGACGAACUAGAAUUGAAAAUUAUGGGUGACGUUAAGCUCAACAUCAUCAAAAACAUUGCAACGCUGGAGUGGUCGCAAGGAAUAAUGAAUGACACUGUUGCCGACAGUGUGAUGGCCAUUCUUUUGAGUGUAGACUCCUCGCCUGCAAGCGUGAAAAUUAGCAGUCGUAGCUGCAGCCAUGACCAUGAUCAUUUGCAUGACCAUGAAGAUGUUUGGAAGAUCAAGCAGGUUGCACGUCUUUGUGCCGAGCAAUUCGGUGAAUGUUUUAGCUACAAGUUAAGUGAUAGUGAGCCUGCGGCCGACAUCAUGGGCCACGUUACAAUAGGGAAAAAUAAAGCCUCUAUCAACCUAUCUCAGAUGAAGGUCGAAGAAUGCAAUUCCAAUCCUUUAAAAGGACGUAUCGAGAGCAUUCUCAGCAUCGCGAGCGACUUGGUAGCUCCACUAUGUUGA